CACACAUAGGCUACACUCGUAGGCCUACACAGUCACUUCCUGAAACACCUGUUUGUCAGGUACUGCAGUAGUAGCCUCCUGCUGCUGCCAAGCAUAGGAAAGCUUGACUCACGAAAAAAAUAUGGAGGACGAGACGAAACCUAAUGUGUGGUUUUUGUUUUAGUUCUCAUAAUUAUUUACCUCCAGCAGUCUUUCUCCAAGUUUCAGAAUAUGGAUUUACGUGAACCUGUGAGGAUAUCUCUCAACCGCGUUCUCUUUGAGUGUAUUGUGCUGAUCACUGUGCUGUCCUCGGUGUCUUCCAUAAAGGUAAACGCCCCAUCUGAGAUCAAUGCGGUACGGGGCGAAGAUGUGACCCUCUCCUGCUCGUUCACCUCCAGCAGUGGCCCCACCAGCCGCAUGUCCGUGGACUGGUCCUUCACCCCCGCCGAUGGCGGAGUCCGACAGUCGAUGUUCCACUUCUAUGGGACGCCGUUCCCCCCUGUCCAAGGGCCGUUUAAGGAGCGGAUUAAGUGGCUGGGGAGUCCGACCCGGGGCGAUGCCUCCAUCCAGCUCCUCAACGCCACCCUGGCCGACAAUGGCACCUACACCUGCUCCGUCAAGAACCCUCCGGAUACGCACGGCGGGCCCGCCCAGACCCUGCUCACUGUCACGCCCAAGAAGGUGACCAUUCAUCUGUCUGAGGUGAUGGUGCUGCUGCUGUUCAUCCUCGUGCCCUCUGCUGUCAUCGGUAUGGUGCUGCUCUGUCGCAUAUUCUGCCCCUGCUGUCCCCAGGGAGAGACCGCGGCCAAGGGCCAGGGGUAUCACUCAUCCAUCGAAGUCACCGAGAGAGACAUGUAUGAGUUCAACCCCCCAGCCCAGAAGGAGAAGACUCCAACGUGCUGUGAAAUGUGGUUUACGGACUCUGACGGAGAGGAGGACGAGUACCACCUUUCUCACCACGUUCAUCAUCACAAAGGAGAAGGCAUGGAGGAAUCCCAGUGCUAAUGGUCAAAUGUAUGUAUGUAGUCAGACUACAACCCCAGCAUCAAUCAGCUUUUAGGUAACGGAUGCCCACUUCAACGAGAGCAUCAAUAAUUAACCUGGCUCAUGUCUUUGUGUGUAUUUAUCAGGGCCUGACCGGCAGUUAAGGGGGAGUACUAAAUAUGUCACCGGUACAUUAGACGUACUGCCAAGCAGCAUUAAUACUGCAAUCAAUUGGAGGGACCCCUGUGGGAAUGGAUGCUUUCAAAGAAGACAUAUACACACAAACAAAUGCACACUCACUCUCUCUCUCUCUGUCUGUCUCUCUCUCUCACACACACACACACACACACACACACACACACACUCUCUCUCUCUCUCUCUCUCUCUCUCUCUCUCACACACACACACACACACACAUAGACACAUGUAUUUUUCUAGUAUCUGUUUUUGGUAGUAAUGGGUUGAAAACAUGUAAUGUGGGUUCUGGUAGGUGAGAUGACUCAGGGUAAUGAGUCAUGCAGAGAGAUAAUGGUCUUAAUUGGACACACUGAAUAAUCGGAGAUGCCAUGUAAAUAAUUGGCAGGCCUUUGGCCCUGAAAGGUGCCUGCCCCCCUUUGCUUCCAUUCAUUUCACUUUGGCCCGUGUCUCAUCAUAACGCCUUUUUCAGUCCUCUUUCAGUCUAUUAGUCAGUGGCACCUCUGAAAGCGCUCAAAGCAUUCGGUGAGCCGUGUUUUAACGAACACUGUUGCCGCUUUUGCUUUGACAAUGUGGAGCCAAUCUCAAUGUCAAAGAAAACAAAAUUGAAACCCGUGCAGCAGUAGAUGUUUUUUCUGAUUUUUACACUAAACUUAAAUCUUUUGACAAUUAAAUUGCUGGCAAAGUUUGAUUUUGGAUGUGAUGAAUGUAUGAGAAUAAUGUCAAACUGUGAAUCACUUGAUCAAUUAGGAUGUGCUGAAAGUUGGUUUGGUUGAAUCUCCCCAUGGCUUUAAAAGUCAGAUAGAUCUUAAGCAUUGCCUCCCUUCGAUUCUUUGUUUUCUCAUGUUGGAAUUUAUAUUUUAUACAUGAAAUUCUUCAACGUCCUUCUUUAUUUAAAGACUUGAUAUAUUUAUGUUGUUUAUUUUGUCUGUAGUGAAGCACUUUACUGCUGUUAAAAUGCAAAUAAAUUUCCGAUUUUCCCAUUUCUUAUGAGAACUUGCCUUAGGCUGUCUUUUAUAGACCUAAACAACAUCAUAACAAAAGACCCGUGUUCUGUUAUGAAGUAAUGUAUAUAUUCUGGAAAAUGCAUAUCCAUAUGAGAGAAUACAUGAACAAAAAAAGAAAAAUAAUAAAACAUGACUAUUUCUUUAUUGUACAAAACAUGCAUUUUCAAAUUUGUCAAUAAACACCAAAGACAUCAGAAUCAUAA